UAUUUUUUCAAAAAAUUCUCAAACGAAUUCGGUUCCGGGGUUGUGCAUCAGGAAAUCACCAAUGACAACUGUGUACUUCCGUUAUGGGAAGGCAAAGUGGUGGCCAAAGUGGAACGCAUUGAAUAGUGCGUGUUCUAUUCGGGAUUCGUUUUAUUGA